ACAAUUCGAAGGAUCACUCACACUCUACUACAACCCUGCUUUGCUUCACUCUCUCACUUUUUCGAUUCUCGAGCACCUAAUUCCCCAUCCAUCCGUCAAUUAUUAUUCGCACAAAUUUGGGGGAAAACUUCACCGGAAGGUGAUAGGUACAUUUUCCUUCCUACUAUGGAUGCAUAUUGUAGCGAGAAGGGUCUUGUGGAAUCAGAGUUGACGUCUUAUUUCAGACAGCAUGGUCUGAAUGAGGAGUUUUUAGAUAGUUUUUGUAAAAAAGCAUCGGCGUCUUUCUUCAGACAGUAUGGUCUAUUAAGUCACCAGAUUAACUCUUACAAUUACUUUAUCAGUACUGGAAUUCAAAAUCUGUUUGAUUCUUUGGGGGAGAUCAAUGUUCAGCCCGGCAUUGACCCAUCUGGAACUGAAACGGCACCAAGGUAUGCCACCAUCAAGCUUGGAAAGGUCACUUUAGAGAGGCCGAUGUUUAGGCCAAGUGAAAGCUUUUCAAAUGAAACUCAUACCGAGUUCCUGAUGCUCUUGCCCAAACAUGCUCGCCUUCAACAUAUUACCUAUUCUGCGCGGAUGAGCGUUCAUAUUGACUUUCAGAUAUACACUCAGGAGUUAGAUGAAAGCCUGACCCUGGAAACUGGAAAAGAGCAUGUUACAAAGAAGGUAUUAAUGGAUGAUAGUAAAGCUAUCACAAUUGGCAGAUUGCCCGUGAUGGUCAAGUCUGACUUGUGCUGGAUGAGUGAAAUGAAGAAUGGCGAUUGUGAUUUUGACCAUGGAGGAUAUUUCUUGAUCAAGGGAGCUGAAAAGACGUUUAUUGCCCAAGAAAAAAUGUGUUUGAAGAGACUUUGGCUGGUCAACAAUCCAAUCUGGACAGUCAAAUAUCGGUCGUCUAUGGCAAGUGAAAGGGUCUACGUAAAGCUUGUCGACACUCAUAUUAGAGGUGGAGGAAAAGUCAUUACAGUGUAUUUGUUUAACUCGGUGGAGAUUCCUAUAUGGAUGUUAUUCUUUGCUCUUGAUGUAACCACAGACAAGCAAGUGAUCGAGUUGAUUGAUACCGAUACUAAAGAUAAUACCAUUCUCAAUACACUUCUUGCAUCAAUUUAUGAUGCGGACCAAAAGUUUAAGGAUUUCAGGGACAGAGGUAAAGCUUUUAAACAUCUCUCAGAUGCACUUAAACAAAAAUGGACCUAUCAACCCAAAAAAACCUAUCAAGAAUUCAUAGAAGAAAUGUUAUUUCCCAAUCUUCAUGGGUUUAAUCUUAAAGCUAGGUAUCUAGGGUACAUGGUGAAAUGUCUGUUGGAAGGUUAUACGGGUCGUAGGAAAGUCGAUGAUAGAGACAGUUUUAGAAGCAAGAGAGUGGAGUUGGCAGGUGAGUUAAUUGAGAGAGAGAUGCGAGUUCACUUGAAACAUGCUGUAAGGCGAAUGACCAAAGCUUUGCAAAGAGAUCUUUGGGGAGAUCGUCCUUUACACCCGAUUGAGCACUAUUUGGAUGCAUCUGUUGUGACUAAUGGUCUUUCAAGGGCGUUCUCUACCGGCGCUUGGGUACAUCCCUAUAAACGUAUGGAAAGAAUCUCGGGUGUGGUGGCCCAGCUUCGGAGGGCCAAUCCUUUGCAGAUGAUGGCUGAUAUGAGGAGAACACGUCAACAGGUUCAGUACACAAGGAAAGUUGCAGAUGCUAGAUAUCCGCAUCCUUCACAGUGGGGAAGAGUCUGUUUUAUGACCACUCCAGAUGGAGAAAACUGUGGUUUGGUAAAAAAUUUCUCUAGUGCUGGUCUUGUGAGCACCAACAUUCAAGUGAAUAUCCGUGACAUAUUGAUACAGUCCGGAAUGGAAGAAUUGGCUGACGAUACUUCAACUUCACUUGGUAGAAAAUACAAAGUCUUUGUCAAUGGAGUCUGGGUUGGAAUAUGUGAUGAUGCUGCUUCACUCGUUGAUCAUAUCAGAAGCAAGCGGCGCCGACAGGAGGUGCAUUAUCAGGUGGAGAUUAGACGAGACGACAAGAAUAUGGAAGUGCGUAUAUUCUCUGAUGCUGGAAGGCUUAUGCGACCUCUUUUAUUCAUUAAGAAUUUAAAAAACAUUAGAUUUUUAAAGGGUGUGGAAUAUUCUUUUCAAACUCUUUUGGACCAUGGAAUUAUUGAGCUCAUUGGGACUGAAGAGGAAGAGGAUUGCUAUACAGCAUGGGGAGUUAGAUACCUCUUCCACCCUGAGCUUGGUUUUUCUAUGGGAUCUGACACAUCUAGAAGAGCAAAAGAUCCUUUUGGGAAAAAAUCACCUGUUUACACACAUUGUGAGCUUGAUAUGUCAUUCCUUUUAAGUAUAAGCUGUGGAAUAAUUCCUUUUACAAAUCAUGACCACGGAAAACGAGUCCUUUUCCAGGCUCAGAAACAUUCUCAACAAGCCAUUGGAUAUUCAACCACAAAUCCAAACAUUAGAGCUGAUACCCUCACACAUAAUCUAUUUUAUCCCCAAAAGCCUCUUUGUCAAACGGUUCUUUCCAAUUGCCUUGGAACACCCAAAUAUGAUAAUGGUCAAAGAACGCAGUCAAGAGAUGAAUAUUACAAUGGCCAAUGUGCUAUUGUUGCUGUAAAUGUGCACCUUGGUUACAACCAAGAGGAUUCGUUGGUGAUGAAUCGUGCUUCACUAGAGCGUGGUAUGUUUAGAUCAGAACAUGUUAGAAGCUACAAGGCAGAUGUUUUUAACAAGGAUUCGUUUGGGAAGAAGGGAAAGUCAGAUGACCAUAUAAACUUCGGCAAAAUUCUAAGUAAAAUUGGCCCUGUUGAUAACCUAGAGGAAGAUGGACUUCCAGAGGCAGGUGUUCGCUUACAAAGUGGUGACAUAAUCAUAGGGAAGUAUGCUGAAUCAGGGGGUGAUCAUAGCAUCAAACUGAGGCAAGGUGAAGGUGGAUCAGUACAAAAAGUUGUAUUAUCCGCCAAUGAUGAUGGUAAAAACUUUGCCACAGUAUCCCUGAGACAGGUACGUUCACCAAAUCUUGGAGACAAGUUUUCAAGCAUGCAUGGGCAAAAGGGCGUCUUGGGCUUUUUGGAGUCUCAGGAAAACUUUCCUUUCACCAUUGAAGGAAUAGUUCCAGAUGUUGUUAUAAACCCACACGCAUUUCCUUCUCGACAGACUCCAGGACAGCUGCUGGAGGCUGCGUUGGGUAAGGGGAUUGCGUUGGGUGGCUCACUGAAAUACGCCACCCCUUUCUCCACUCCUUCUGUUGACGCCAUAACCAACCAACUUCACAGGUGUGGGUUUUCAAGAUGGGGCAAUGAGAGAGUUUACGAUGGACGAACGGGUGAAAUGGUUGAGUCUAUGGUGUUCAUGGGCCCCACAUUUUACCAGAAGCUGGUCCACAUGUCUGAGGACAAGGUCAAGUUCCGUAAUGUUGGGCCCGUUCAUUCUCUCACACGACAACCGGUGGCAGACCGUAAGCGUUUUGGUGGGAUCAAGUUCGGGGAGAUGGAGAGGGACUGUGUCAUAGCCCAUGGCUCAACUGCUAACUUGUUUGAACGCCUCUACUCACUCUGUGAUGCUUCACAUAUGCACAUCUGUAGGAAAUGCAAAAACAUGGCAAGUGUGAUUCAGAGAGCGGUCCCACGUGGACCCAAGAUUCGUGGGCCAUACUGCCGGUUCUGUGAUUCCGUCGAAGAUGUUGUCAAGGUGAACGUGCCUUAUGGAGCCAAGUUAAUUUGGCAGGAGCUUUUUAGUAUGGGAAUCGCUAUUGAGUUCGGAUCAGAGCUUUGCUGAAUGAUUUUCGUGAUGUAUAAAUUAGGGAUAAUAUUGUUGUACCUGUAGUUAGUUUUACUAGGCUCAUGUUAUCUGGUCUGGUUUUCGAUAAAUGGAUCCUUGGUCCUAACUGUUGCUGGUUCUACCGGUACUGGUCAUUCUAUGCACUUAAUGGUUAACGGUACAUGCCUUAUGCUGAA